CGCUUAUUUAAACAGACUAUUAGCGAAUCGAGGACAAAUGUAUCAAAUUGGGCCUGGCUCUGCCCAGGCAGCUUGGUGGAUAACUAGACCUGGUGGAAUAAUUGGACAAUCUGGAUAUCAAAACAAGCUAAAUUCUUUUGGAACACCUACUGUUUACAAAAACAUGGUGGGAACACGUACUUUUUAUAAAAACUUGGUCAAUGGAGAACAUGAUCUCAAUCUAUCUAUUAAUCAAAAUGAUAACUCUGAAGGUAGGGGACAAGAUGGUUACGAUAUUGGCAUGCGCGUCAAUAGUGCACCAAACACUGAACAAGUUCACUAUUCAGUAAAUCACAAUAUCCAAAAUGAUGAUAAUGGUAAUACUUUUUUAGCCAAAAGUGGUGUAGAUGGGAACCAAAAAGCUCAAUUUAAUAUCAAAAACGAAGAAAGUGGCUCAAUAUCUUCAGUUCCUGAUCAUGAUGCGAUGACUUUAACUGAUGUAGAUGUUAUAGAUCAAAAUAAUUUAGACGUUGCUCACGAAGCUUCACUACAAGAUGUUGUGAGUGAAGUUAGUACUGAUAACGUAGAAAAUACCAGUAACAAUAUUUUAACUGAAGAUCAAACCCUAAACUGGGCUGACGAAACACACAGUGACCAUACAGUGACGGUUAGUGGCUGGAACAGUGAUAAUGUCAAAAAUGAUUUGACUUCUCUCGAUAAUGAAGAUAUUAUCACAGAUGUUGAGGCCGACAUCAAAGACAAUACUGACACAGAGAGUAUGAUGACUGAAAAGCUUAUUUCAACAGGCGACAAGAGUCCUGAUAGAAGUGGACUUAACGUGGCCGAUGCUCGUCUUCAAAAACAAUUGAAAGAAGUUAGUACAAACAUAGACGUCGCCACUCAAUUAAAUUAUGGGAGUCCUCUUCCUUCUCGGAACUUAUAUCCUGUAAAUCAAAAUAAUCUUAACUGGGAAACCAAAUCAUCUUUCCUUGUGAACGGACCGAAACCUCGCGUCUAUCCCAGUGGUUUUCCCACAAUGAAUCUAAAACCUAAUGUCUAUCCCUCCGGCUUGCCACCAAACCAACAACAUAUGAUUGGAUACAAUAUGCCAUGGAUUGGUUUUUACGGAAAUUAUCAACGACCACACCCUACUUAUCCAUACUUUACACCAAGGAAUGUUGAAUGGAUUAUACCUUCACGAGAAAAUAUUGCAACAGAACAAGUAUAUAACCUUGUUUCACGUAUAUGCUUAAAUCCAAAUACAAAUGUUAAACCAGGAUAUGAAAUAUUUACACGCAACUUACCUCGAAAUAUGUACGAAAACAUACCACCUCAGAAUUUGGAUAUCGAAUACAAACUGUAUGAAAGACGUCCCGUUGAUUAUGAUUAUGCCGACGGUGCUUUACAACCAAACCUUUACAAAAAGUUCCCAUUUUUAUAUCAAAGACCACUAAAAGUUAUUAAUUUUCCGGGACAAUUUAAUAGAUACAUACAAAGGCCUUAUGGUACACGAGAGCUAAAAAUCGAAUCAACAAUUUUGAGACCAAAUGAAGCUGCAUCAAAUGAUCCUAACAUGAUAGACUUUACACACCCCGAACUCCAAAUUGUGAAAAACAAUUAUGUUGCUAAACAUGAUUUUGAUACAACAAAUCAAAUUGAAUCUUUGCUAACAAUGAAUUCCAAAAAUAUGGUGCGGGAUGGAGAUAACACUCCAGAGGCUUCGGAAAAGUAUGUUAGUCAAAUGAUAGUAGAUAUAGCAACUGACUUGGUAAAAUUCCCUUCAUCUAAAUGUCACAGUGAAAAUGUGGCAAAAUUAUUAGAAGGAAUAAAAUAUAUUGUUGAUGCCUUAAAAGUAGAGCAGUGUGAAAUAACACAUUAAUGAUUACUGGAGCAGAAGAAUA